GGGGCGGGGCGUUCCGCCAUGAAGCCGGCGCGCGCGGCCGUGUGGAACGCGCGGGCCGCGCUGCUCUACUCGCUGGGCGGCUGGACCACGCUGGGCGCCCUCAUCUACUACAGCCGCCUGGACAAAGCCAGCACCGAAAAUGAAAAUGAUCCUGAUGCAAACCAAGGGACCUACAAAGAAGUACGCACUAAGGAGUAUCCUUUUGGAUUGACAGUGACAACAGAAAUAACAUACAAAGAGGUUCAGCCUCCUCUUACGCGACUGCUCAGGCGUGUGGUAUCAUUCUUUGUUCCUGAUGACGGCCCUCCUUCCAAAAAGUGAGCUCUUCAGAAGCUCAGAACAUUGUGCUGGACCUCUGAGAACAUCAUCCCUGUGCCUGGCACCAGACCACCUCUGGAAAACUGUCCCUUGCAUUGCUGAAACAGCAGUUCUGCCCAGCUGGUGUGAAGUUGCUUUCCCAGCUGGUGUGCAGGACGUGAUCCAGGAUGCACCUGGGAUGGCUCCUUAGCUGGGCAGCUCUGAAAUGGAUACUUUGGGAAUGAUUACUAAAUGGGGAGGAAUGUAGUUUAAUGUUUUGGGUAUGAGAGUUCCUAAUGGUCCUUCAAAUAAAAGCUCACAAGAGAUGAGUUACAAGUGCAGAAAUGUUUCUGUAAGCUAAAAACUUACUGAAUGUUCUGCUCCAGGCUCUUGUUUCUUUAGGGGUUUUCCUGAUCCUUGCACGUGCUGUGUCCCCUUGUAGGGUACAGUCCCUCAGCUCUGUGGCCAGAACUAAUGUUCAUUCUGUAGGAUUUUCCCUAGUCCUUAUGGACAUCACUUUCCCUGUUUCUAUUUGGGGUCUCCUCCAGCCUUUUUAGGACACGUCUUGCCCUGCCCCCCAUGGGUCUCUGAGGUUUCCCACCUUGUUGUAUUGAAAGUUGUCUCCAUCUCCUCUGUCCACCCACCUCAGCUUCUAGUUUCUGAAGGGGGCCCUGCUGGGAUGCUGCAGGGAGAGGGGCUCUUCAUCUGGAACUGAGGUGAUAUGACAAGGGGGAAUUGGUACAAAUAAAAAGAGGGGAAAUUUAGGUUGGGUAUAAGGAAGAAAUUCUUGACUGUGAGAGUGGUGAGGCACUGGAGCAGGUUGCCUGGGGAGAGUUUGGAUGCCCCAGCUGUAGAAGUGUUCAAGGCCAGGUUUUGGAUAAGACCUUGAGCGACCUGGUGUACUGCAAAGUGUCCCUGCCCUCCCAACCUACACCUUUGAUUCUGUGGAAGCUUUUACAGCCCAAGCCCCACCCAGCCCGUGCACCUACAGCCCCACCAUUCCACAUGGACUCCUCAGGUCCUUACAGCAACCACCUCCUUUCCCAGGGACUAAUCUGUACAGGCACCCCGCUGUUUCCCUACGGGGUGCUUACGUGCAUAUUCUCCUUUUCGCAGGCAAUAAUAGGAAAUCUUUUCCCCCAAAUCCCUAUAGGCAAUAAGAGGAAGUCUAAACACCUGGACGCACCUGUCCCGUGGGCGCCUGUCCCUCUGCUAUGGACAGCGGCGGUGCCGGCACCUCCGGUGCGCCAGGGGGCGCUGCUGCGGGGCGCGGGGGAGCGGCCUCUGCGAGCGCCGCCGCUGUCCCCGCUCGGCGCCGGCCGCGCUGCGCUGCGCCAUGAAGGCGAUCGUGCAGCGGGUGGCCCAGGCCAGCGUCACAGUGGGUGGCGAACAAAUUAGUUCAAUAGGACGAGGCCUCUGUGUGCUGCUGGGCAUUUCUUUGGAAGAUACACAAAGAGAGCUGGAGCACAUGGUUCGAAAGAUCUUGAACUUGCGAGUCUUUGAAGAUGAAAGUGGGAAGCACUGGUCCAAAAGUGUGAUGGAUAAACAGUAUGAAGUGUUGUGUGUGAGCCAAUUUACUCUCCAGUGCAUCCUGAAGGGAAACAAGCCUGACUAUCACAUGGCAAUGCCCACGGAGCAGGCAGAGUCUUUUUAUAACAACUUCCUAGAGCAGCUAAGAAAAGCCUACAAACCAGAGCUUAUUAAAGAUGGCAAGUUUGGUGCCUACAUGCAGGUCCACAUCCAGAAUGAUGGUCCUGUAACAAUAGAACUGGAGUCCCCAGCAGCCACUGUUGAUCCUAAACAACUGACAAAACUUGAAAAACAGCAACAAAGAAAAGAGAAGACCAGAACCAAGGUGCCCUCUGAGUCAAGUAGAGAAAGAAAUGUCCCCCGAAACAAGGAUGACCCCAGUGCCAGCAGUGGAGCAGAAGGAGAUGUGUCCUCAGAAAGAGAGCCUUAGCUCAUCCAAGGCAGGCCUCAGUUUCUUACGCAAAAGCUACCCUGAAUUCUUGAAGAAAGACCCAACAUUCACCUCAGCAACACUCCUCAACAACUUGGGAAAAGGAUGGAAAAUGGGAAAGCAGAGCUGAGACAUUAGAAACCGAUCAUUCUGUAUUGAACCAACCAAAGCAAUGCUGUCAGAUUCAGUUGUAAAUGUGUAGUGUCAGUAGUGAAAAGGACUUGUGACAUUUCUGUGUAUGCGUUCUCACAUGACUGCUGAGUAAAGGGUGACUGUAGGAGAUUGUAGCAGAACAUUUCACUCUCAGUACAUAAGCUCAAUUUAAAGAAUAAAUCAGGGUUUUUCCUUAAACUUACACUUGAAUUCUGAAAAUUCUCUGAGCAGGCUUGUGUAUUUUUUCUCACUCUGUGGUGUCAUGUGCUACCUGUUUCCAUUGCAGUGUGCAGAUCUGUGCAUAUUAUGGUAAAUUGUUAGCUGCUGCCUUACAUCAGGUUAGGCAGUCCAGUCUUUCUGCAUGGACUAAGUUAUUACAAGGGAAGAUCAACCUCUAGUUGUUUAUCAUGUGGAACACAUCCAUCUUGUAAACUUUUUUAAAAACAGAAAAGACUUUAUUAAACAAAUGAUGCCUGUUGGUGUUUGUGGAUUGCAUUCCCUGAGUGACUUCUGGGUGUGACAAAGAGGGGGGACACAGAGCUAAACUUGUAGGCCAAGGAACACCUAUUGCUUCAACUCAUCCACCUUUCCUGUGGAAGGUUAGAAGUCAGGUUGCUGACCUGAAAUCUUUGCUGUUUCUAACACGUCUAAGUAAUUUAUUUUGUGGUGGCUAUCAAAAUGUCACACAGCUGCUCACCUACUGGAUCCAGGUCUGCUGUCAGAUCCAUGGGAAGCAGAAGAGCAUUUGGAAACUGCCAGCCAACAACAAGAGCUGAGAAGAAGCUGCAAAACUGCCAAGGAAGCUUUGGGGGGAAAAUGAAAGACUGCAGGCUGUUACACUUAGACUUCUUUCAGAAGUUGAUGGCACCUUUUAUAUUUGCUAUUCCCUAGGUCUGCCUUGCCCUUCCAGUCUGCCCUGGGCACCAUCUGACCAUUAUAUGCAAUAUAAGGAAAAGCUGUGUGUUUGGGACAGAUGCUUCCUGUUGUCCUGUGCCCAGAGUAUUUUUAAGCA